AAUCAAAACCAACAUUUUUAAUUUCCCGGCAUUCUCAUUAUCUCUACCUUUGAAUUCAUUUUUAGUCUCUCCAAAACCUAAACAAUCCCAAAUCGUUUCAACAUUCUUCCCUAAUCUCCCAAUUUUCUCUGCUAAUCUUUCUCUCCCAAAAAUGGAUGCAAACUUCAAUUCUUUACCUCCAUUAAAACGUUUCAGGCUGCUGCAACAACAAGAACAGCAGCAGCAGCAGCUUGCUUUGUCGAAACCUGAAUCGGUGCUGAAGCCGAAAGCUUUACCAUUUUCACCCUCUAACCUCCCAGCUAAAAAGAGAAAAUAUACCCGAGAUUCAUUUUUUGAUUUCGAUGAAAACAAAGAAAACAUCCCUCCUUCAAUCAGCCCUCCUACACCCUACUGUUUACCUACCAAGAAAAGGAUUUGGGCGAUUAAACCCGAACUCAGCCCUGUUAAAUCCACUCUUCCUUUAACCAUUGAUCUGAAUCUAGAGUAUGACCCAUCUGUUGAAUCUAAAGUGGAGAGUGAUGUUGGGGAGGAGGAAUCGAUUCGAGUCGAAAUCGAAGUGGAAGGAAAAGAUGAUGAUGAUGAUGAUGAUGGGAUAUUAUGUGCUGUAUGUGAGAGCACAGAUGGUGAUCCAUCAGAUCCGAUUGUGUUUUGUGAUGGAUGUGAACUUAUGGUUCAUUCCAGUUGUUAUGGUAACCCUCUUGUUAAGGGUAUUCCUCAAGGAGAAUGGUUCUGUGCUCAAUGCUCAGACUUAAACUCACAACUUCCGGCUUGCAAGUACAAAUGUUGUCUUUGUCCUGCAACUGGUGGUGCUAUGAAGCCUACGAGUGAUGGCCAGUGGGCCCACAUUGUGUGUGCUGUUUUAGUCCCAGAGGUUUUCUUUGAAGAUCCCGAGGGCCGGGACGGGAUCGAUUGCUCCAAGAUCCCUAAGAGGAGGUGGAGGGAUAUGUGUUAUUUGUGUAAAGGGACUAAUGGGUGUGCUAUUCAGUGUUCUGAGAUUAAGUGUCCUUUGGCAUUUCAUGUCAGUUGUGGUUUGAAGGAUGAUCUCACUAUUGAGCUUAAAGAAGGGAAAAAUACUGGUGGGAUUGUUGCUGGGUUUUGCAAAAAACACACAGAACUCUGGAAAAAGCAAAAACAAACAGGAAAGUUCAAGAUUGUGGCCAGAGAUGAGGACCAGAAGUUCUGACAACUUUGAAUUGGUUGAAAGUUUCUGAAUUCUGGGUUUUAGCAAACACAAUAGUAGUUUUUUUUUUUGUUUGUUUAUUUUGUUUUGGAUUAUGGGUAUUAGGGAUCUUUUGAUUUUAGAUAGAUACUGACGAAUGUGAUCUGAAAUACAUGCUAGUCGUUUCUUUUUUAUUGAAAAAUUGCACCUGUAAUUCAAUCAUAAAACAUGUUCCAUGUAAUGUUCACAUCAGUUGAAUAUGAAUCAGUGGUUUAUUCCUUGA